UCUUACCAAACAUCUGCAACGACUUCGUCUGCAAAGCUUAGAUUUUCAGGCUUUUCGACGCGCUCAGAGCUCCUUCCAUCGUUUCACCCAGAACAAACCUUCUUCAAUUCCAUUUCAACGACCGCUUCCCUUCCCAUUCAAGAUGUCCUCGGACUCGGACGACGAUAUGCCCCUGGCCAGGGCGAAUGGCAAGCUCUCCAAGGCGCAUAUUUCGAAAAGUGAAGACAAAGCUAUGGAUCAGGCUGGCCCGUCAACAUCCGCCCCUGCGGGAGUGUCGAUCCGAAAUGGGCCUGUUCUUGAAGACAGGAUGGACGUGGACGAGCCUGCGACAAAUGGAAAGCGCAAGUCGCGUAGCAGCAUCUCAAAACCAGUGUACAAGGACGAAGAAGACAGCGACGAUGAUGAUGCUCCAAUGUCCAAACGUCAAAAGACCUCAAAAGCUAUCCAGUCCGACUCUGAUGAUGAAACUCCACUCGCAGCUGCGAAAAAGCGAGGCGGCAAGCUUCCGCCUAAAGCUACCGCUGCCGAUAUUGGUGACGACGAAUCCUCCGAUGAUGAGCCCUUAACCACCAAGCUUGCGAAAGAGAAAGCAGCAAUUGAGAAGAAAGCCGAGAAAGAAGCCAAGGCGAUCCGCGCUAAGGAAAGCAAAGCAAAAGCAACCAAGAAGGUCAAGAAGGAAGAUUCUGACAAUGAAGAUGUCAAGCCAAAGAACAAACGGAAGACCAAUGGAACAGCAUCUGCAAAGAAGACAAAUGGCGUCAAAAAAGUCGAGCCCGAGUCCGAUUCUGAUGUGCCACUGAUGAAGAAGCCUGUCAAGAAAAUAAAUGGGAAGGUCAAACCCGAGGAAGUUUCUCCGAAGAAGGGCAAAGGCAAGAAAGAGGACAGCGAGGAAGCUGAGGAGAUAUACCGAUGGUGGGACGCUCCGAAAAAAGAGGACGAUAGCAUCAAGUGGGAGACAUUGCAGCAUAAUGGUGUCAUUUUCCCCCCUGCUUACGAGCCACUCCCUAAGAAUGUCAAGCUUCUUUACGACGGUGUUCCUGUCACGUUGUCGAUUGAGGCGGAGGAGAUUGCUGGUUUCUUUGGCGCCAUGUUGAAUUCGACUCUCAAUGUUGAGAAUCCAACUUUUCAAAAGAACUUUUUCGAUGACUUUACGGAGGAAGUCAAGAAGACGGGUGGUGCGCAAGGCCCUGAUGGAAAGAAAAUCGAUAUCAAGCACUUCUCCAAACUUGACUUCAAGCAAAUUUUCAGCUACUACGAUGGUAAAAGUCAAGCCAGGAAGGCUCGUUCAACUGCCGAAAAGAAGGCUGAGAAGGCCGAAAGAGAUCUUGCCGAGGCUCCAUACACUCAAUGCAUAUGGGAUGGUCGUAAGGAACAGGUCGGCAACUUCCGUGUCGAACCUCCUGGACUCUUCCGAGGUCGUGGUGCACAUCCCAAGACUGGCAAGGUCAAGCGCAGAGUUUUACCAAACCAAAUCACUAUCAACAUUGGAAAAGAUGCUACCGUCCCAACUCCCCCUGAAGGUUACAAAUGGGGCAAGGUACAACACGACAACAAGGCUACUUGGCUUGCUAUGUGGCAAGAGAAUAUCAAUGGUGCCUACAAGUAUGUCAUGCUGGCUGCUAAGAGCAGUGUCAAAGGACAGAGUGAUUAUAAGAAGUUCGAGAAAGCUCGUGGCUUGAAGUCACAUAUCGACCAGAUUCGAAAGGACUACACCCGAGACCUGCGUGCUGAGCUUAUGGCAGAUCGGCAACGAGCUACCGCCGUUUACUUGAUUGACAAGCUCGCCUUGCGUGCUGGCAAUGAAAAAGAUGGCGAGAACGAGGCUGAGACUGUUGGGUGCUGCUCUUUGAAGUACGAACACAUUACUCUCAAGCCCCCCAAUACCGUCAUCUUCGAUUUCCUUGGAAAGGACAGUAUUAGAUAUUACGAUGAAGUCGUGGUCGAUGACAAGGUAUUCAAAAACCUGAAAAUGUUCAAGCGAGCACCAAAGAAGGAGGGUGACGAUAUCUUUGAUCGCCUGACCACCACCCAACUCAACAAGCACUUAAAUAGCUACAUGCCUGGCCUGAGUGCAAAGGUCUUCCGUACUUACAAUGCCUCAUACACCAUGUCCAAUCUCUUGACGAAACUCAAGGACACCAACAUCACUAUGCAGGAGAAGGUCAAGCUCUACAAUGACUGCAAUCGGAAGGUCGCUCUUUUGUGUAAUCACAAGCGAACUGUCGGCGCCAGCCACGAGGCACAAAUGGAGAAGAUGACCGAUCGCAUCAAGGGCCUUCAGUACCAACAAUGGCGUUUCAAGCAAAUGAUCCUGGACGUUGAUCCGAAGCAAAAGAAGAAGCGUGGAUCUGAAUGGUUCCAACUGGACAGCGACCUUGAUCAAGAAUGGAUCCUCGAACACCAAGCUUUCCUAGUCCAGGAGAUGCGCACCAAGAUCGAGAAGAAGUUCCAAAAGGACAAUGAAAAGCUCGCAGCCGAGGGCUCAAAGGAAAUGAAGGCCAAGGAACUUGCCGAAAGACUUGAGGUCGCCGACGACCUAAAGAAAAAGUUCAAGAAGGAAAACAAGACGAAGAAAAUUGAGCCUGAAGGUAAAGGGGCAUCGGUCGAGAAGUUUGAGUCAUCCAUCGAGAAGCUGGACGCUCGUAUUGCGACAAUGAGACUUCAGGCCGAGGACCGAGAGGGCAACAAGGAGGUUGCACUCGGUACAAGUAAGAUCAACUACAUUGACCCUCGCCUCACUGUUGUAUUCGCCAACAAGUUUGACGUUCCCAUUGAGAAGUUUUUCUCCAAGACUCUUCGAGAGAAGUUCACCUGGGCUAUCGAAUCCAUCGGAGACGAUGACGCAUGGGAGUUCUAAACUCAUAACUUUGACGCUGGAAACUUCCCUUAUCCAUUCGCGACCAUACAAUCAUGCGCCAGUGAACAUUGUAUUUUGCUAUGGGAUAUCCCAUGCCAUUCUUUUUUUUGGAUUUUUAUAUUGCAUAAACAUUGCGAGCAGGGGCAUUGGGUCGGCGGAGCAUCUAGGAUGAUCGCAGUUUGAUUGAUGGAAGACUUGGACACCAAGAUUAAGAUCUCCCAGGAUCACUUGGUUGCUGCUGCUUUUUCUUCAUAGCAAGGUUCUCUUUGAGCCGCCCACAUCAUCGACUUGCCCAGCUUUUUAAAAACAGAGCAGUACAUUUGAGAACGAUAAAUGGACAUAAGUAGAGGAAUGAAUUGAAUCAAAACGAAA